AUGACUUCGACUGGAGAGUGGACGGUGUUGGAAAAGCUAUUGCUCGCUCAAGCAGUAUACAAGUUUGGAGAAGACGAUUGGGUCCACAUUGCACGAAACUUGCGUCAACACACCAUGCUCAAUCGACCACCAGAGUUCUUUAAUCAAAAGAAUUGCUCGCUUCAGUACUAUUUAUUGAUCGACGAAUUGGAAACUGAAAAACGACAUACAAAAUCGAGUGCGGCAGCAACAGCACAGGACAUGCCACCCGUUGUCAAAUUAGCACGUCAACUAUACAUGCAACGAAUACAAGAGCUCAAACACGCUAUCAAUCUCGACAAUCAACGGUUCCUGGAGCUUGUUACUGAAAUCGAUGCAAUUCGUUCGGGAAGACGAGAUAAGCAGCUGCUGGCAGAAAUGGAAAAGCAGGGCAUCUCCACCACGCAACAAGAAAAAAGUCCUCCAGCAGAAAAGCAAGAACAACAAUCGACAUCAGCGUCAACAUCAGCAUCAACUUCUUGCACGAAGGAUACCGAGAAGACAUUAUUGUCACCAAAGCAAGAUAGCGAUUUAUUGGAUGAUCCACAAGAGGACGACUUAUCAUUGAUGGAUGGAGAAAAGGGAUCUCGUGAUACACGUGCGACCACUGAUGACAAUGAAAUGGGGACAUCGGAUGUUACAAUGCCUGCUGCGGAGAAGACACCAGCGACGGAUGCAACAACUACCUUAUCAGAGAAUGAAGAUCACAAACGCAAAGUGGAUACCUAUGUGGAAGAAGGUCCUCAUGAUACCAAACGAAUGCGAUUGGGUUCACCUGCGGAUACCAAUGAUAUUAGUCGCACUUCAAGCAUCAGCUCUUUUGCAACAGCGUUCACCCAUCAAUCAUCCAAUAACAGCUUUAUCGGUUCUUCUUCAAAUCAUCAACCAUCCAAUGUCGACAUUCCUUCUCGAAAGAAAGCAACGUCUCGAACGCAUCAACCUUUGGAUACAUCAGUAGCAAAAAGUGAUAGUCUGACUACGAGUCAUCCCACCUCUGCUUCGAACCACGACGCACAGGACGAUACACAGUAG